GUGAGUACCUUACCGCACAACCGAUAUAUCUGAUUUGAUAACAGAUCGAUGCAUCGGUAAUCCCGCUUCAUGUGUCGGCGCACAUACAGUCACUGGUAUACGCCAUUGCCAACAAAAGCUUAUUGUAUCUUUAAUUAAAAAUGUCAUCUGUAUGUAUUGAAUGCAUGCACUUGAGCCAUCUGACGCAGCAAAUUUUUUCGGCAUGAAACAAUCGCUGAUAACAAUCUAACCCAAAAAGGAAAGUGUCGGAUGAUACUUAUCAGAAGGUAGUGUAGGGACGGUAUAUAAAUAUACUCCGAUUUUUGGGUCAGACCGACAGAAUCCUCUCGUCAUAAGCGAAGGCUAAUGGGUUGAAAUCACUUGAGUAAAAAAUUUCGGCAAAUUCUAUACGUAUGACUAGCCUAUAAUUAUCAGCAGGAUUCAAAUAAUAUUUUAGACUAUUUAAAGUUAGCUAAAGUGCAGAAUUUUUUCGACCGUAGAUUGUACCUUACUCCCUUCAAAAACUGCUCUUAUCAGUUCACUUUGAAGAGAUACGACCAAAAGAGGUAUCCUAAAAUAAUCUACGCAUAAACAUACACCUAACCAUAUAUAACAACGGAUGCUAAACGACGAAGAGAAGAUAGUCGGCUUGUCCAGUGCAAGCCCGAAAAUAGAGGACAAGAAAGAAGGCUCCUAUACUCCAGAUGUGAGCAAUGCACCUGAAGUGUACGAUCCAUCCCAAGAGUCCUUCCUCACUAGACUUGGUUUGACUUUCGAGUCAUUCAAAACAGCACCAGCAACUCCAGCGAGAGUAGCAGUAGCAACAGAUUCAGGUGAAAUCGCUCAAGAAGAAAUUGAAGGCGCUGCCUCUGAUGGUGUCUUACAUAAAAAUAUCCCGGGAAGGUCGCUUCAGAUGAUUGCAGUCGGUGGUUCGAUCGGAACAGGAUUAUUUAUCAGCACAGGUGGUGCACUCUCAGAUGGUGGACCUGUCUCCAUGAUCAUAGGAUGGCUUAUUCUGGCCGUCACACUCUUCUGCGUUAUUAACGCUAUCGGUGAACUAGCAAUUUUAUACCCUGCUGAGGGUGGUUUCUAUGCGAUGGCAAAUCGUUUCAUUGACGAGAAUGUCGGUUAUGCGAUGGGUAUGCUUUACGCUCUCCAAUGGGUUGUCGUGUUGCCCACGGAAUUAACGGCUAUUGCACAAACUAUACAGUAUUGGGAUGGUGAAAUUUUUGAUAUAAAAACAUCUAACGCUGUUUGGAUAUCAGUUUUCUUCGUUAUCGUUAUCUUGAUCAAUGUUUUUGGUAAUAAAGCAUACGCCGAAGAAGAAUUCUGGUCGGCUAUAGUUAAAGUAGCCAUUAUAAUAUUAUUCAUCGUUGCUGGUGUUGUUUUCAAUUGCGGUGGAGGUCCUAGCUCUGGUGAUUAUGGUCAAUAUGUUGGUGGCGAAUAUUACAGAGCUGAUGGACUACACAAUGGUAUCGUAAACGGAUUCAAAGGUGUUUGUAGUGUAUUUGUAGCUGCAGCUUUCUCUUUUGCUGGUUCUGAACUCGUUGGUAUCGCUGUAUCUGAAGUAAAAGAUCCAGUAAAGGUUAUGCCUAGUGCUAUCAAGGCAGUUGUUUGGAGAAUUUUCAUCGUUUUCUUCGUAUCUAUAAUUAUCAUCGGAGUCAAUGUACCAUACGAUGAUGCAAGGCUCAUGAGUGAUGACAAUCCAUCUGCAACUUCACCAUUCGUCAUUAUGAUGAACAAAUCAAAUGUCUUGGGCUUGGAUCACUUGAUGAACGUAAUCAUUCUAUUAUCGUGCCUUUCCAUCGCUCUUGCAUCUGUUUAUGGUGGUAGUCGUACCAUUCAAGCAAUGGCAAUGCAGAAGUUCUUACCUAGAUGGUGUGCUAAGGUUGAUAAGGCUGGUAGACCAAUUAACGCGGUUUUCGUCUCAUUGCUUUUCGGACCACUUGCAUAUCUUGCUCUUGCUAGUAAUGGAUCAACAGUCUUAGACUGGCUGAUUGCAGUCAGUGCAUUGUCAACACUUUUCACUUGGUUAUCAAUUUGCGCUUGUCACAUUCGUUUCCGUAGCGCGUGGUACAAACAAGGUCACACAAAGGAUGAGAUACCAUAUAGAAGUAGUGCGGGUAUCAUUGGAAGUUGGUUCGCAGGAUUUGUAAUUAUUUUAAUCCUCAUAGCUCAAUUUUACAUCGCAGUAUUCCCUAUAGGUGAAGGUGGAAUGGACGGACAGGAGAGAGCUUCUAGUUUCUUCCAGGCAUACAUGGCAUUACCAGCUGGAAUAUUAUUCUAUGCGCAAUCAUUCCUCAUAAAGAAGACAUUCCCUAAGAGCAGUAAAGAUAUUGAUCUUGAUACCGGAAGAAAAGUUUUCUUAACUGCCGAUUAUCUCAAUGCCCAAAGACAAGCUCGUAAGAAUGCUCCAAUACCUAAACGUAUUUGGCAAACCUUAUUCAAUUGAUUUCUCCGACCACCUCAAGAAGAUUUCGAUAAUCUUCUAACUACUCCUUGCUUUCAACAAUCUUACAAUCUUACAACUCUGCAUCAGUUAUUUUUAAUAUAACGUAUAGACUGGAUAUAAUAUUUCAUUAAUCACUUCUCACUCUACUUGUACACAAAGAUACUACAUGUCUC